AUGAAAAACAAACUUCCUGCCUUAAACUUCAACAUCUUUAAGGCAAGCACUUCAUAUUCUCCAGAUCCAUCAGCCUUUGCAUAUGAUUUUAUGUCACCCGUUCAGCAAGAAAAAAUGAAAACCACAACUUGUUUCUGUUUGGAUGCUACUCAUGCAAUCUCUAGCAACGUGAAUGAGAUUCUUUAUACUCUUUUGGUGUGUGAUGAAGAUAUUGCAGAAGUUGAUGACAUUCUGACAACUUUUCCUGCAACAUCCAUUCAAUUUUGCAUCUUUCAUGUAACCCAAGCAUGGAACCAAAAGUUAUCUGACAGUGUGAAAAUUCCUGAAUCCUUACUAUCAGAGACACGAAUUGUACAUGGUAUGAUGAUAAAGUCUCUGCAAGACAUCAUUUAUAAAGAAGACAUAGACAAAUUUCAUCAUAAAAUUGUACAGUUUAAAGAAGACUUUGACGACCAAGAAAGCUUCUUGGAUUACUUUGAGAGAAACUGGUGCACAGAAGCAAAGUUUAAGAUCUGGAGUAGAGCAUACCAUGAAUGA